CCUGGUUGGUGCUUCAUGACUAACCAGCUUCUCCAGUAUCACGUCAUCGAUGAGAGUAAGAGUUGGGAUGAAGCUCAGGAAUACUGCAGAGAGGAACACUCUGAUCUGGCUACAGUGAGGAGCAUGGCAGACAUGGAAAGACUCAGUCAGGAUUUAAGAGGCAGGGAGGCCUGGAUAGGUCUGUACAGAGAAGCUGGAGGCAGCAGAAUGUGGCAAUGGUCUCAGCCUGAAGUGCAGUUCAAUGAAAGCCAGAGUGACUGGGAUCCAAUUUCUAAAGAACCAAAUGAUGUAGGAAAAGAGAACUGUGGGGCUGUAAGAAACACUCUAAAGUGGGCGGACCUGUCCUGCAACAGAACAACACCUUUUAUCUGCUAUGAUGAAAGAAACUCAUCUGAGGUGAUUUAUGGUAAAGUACAAAGGAACUGGACUGAUGCUCAGAACUUCUGCAGGAAUCACCACACAGACCUGAUUAGUGGACCAGAGCAGAUGAAAAAGCUGAAUGUGAUGGAGACGCUGCAGUCAUUGCCAAAUCUCGUCGGAAAUGAUUACCUUUUCAUCGGCUUGUUCAGAGACCCCUGGCAGUGGUCUGAUGGGAGCAACUCUUCCUUUAGAUUCUGGAAUCUGACCUAUGAUGAUGAGGAAAGUGUCAGCAGUUGUGUCAUGCUGAACGAGGAAGGAAGGUGGAAUUCUGAGAAUUGUGAGGAAACACAUCACUUCGUCUGUCAUGAGGAUCAUGUGAUCCUGAUCAAUAAGAGCAGGACCUGGGAGGAGGCCUUAUACUACUGCAGACAUCACCACCAUGACCUGGUCACCAUCACUAACCUGGAGGAACAGAGAUGGGUUCAGGAGAAAACCAAGAAUGCUACAACUCCUUAUGUGUGGACAGGACUGCGCUACACCUGCACUCUGGGGUUCUGGUUCUGGGUCAGUGACGAGGUGGUCCGCUACAAGAACUGGGCCUCACCUGAACAGGUGAAUGAGUGUGACAUGUCAGGAGCCAUGGAGACAGGAGGAGAACACAAGUGGGUCAAGAAACACGAUGAGGAGAAGUUCAACUUUUUCUGUUCCACAACUUAAAGAUAUAAUUUGAAGUUUGUUCUUUGAUGCAAAUUACAUGUUUCUUUGUUAAAUGGUGAGGGUUUUGGUCUUAUUUCUAUGGUUACUCUACAUUAAAACCAAGAGUUUGGGGAGACAUUUAUUUAUAUUUAUUUGUAAUGGUGAACUUAAGAACCUCAUUGGCAUCCAUAAAGAUUUUUACAUUGAUUUUUACAUGCAUAGAGGAAUUUCUAUGGAAGCAUGUUGGAUUUGAUUAAAAAAUAGGGGAGCAUUUAAGAUUUCUCAUGUUUUUGCUCUAAUUUCUAAAUAACUACAAAACGGCCAAGAACUAACUUCUUCUGCUCAUGAAAACUAUAAGAUGACCUGCAAUCAAGGUUGUAAUAGACAAAAUCUAUGUCCAUUUUGUUCAUGUGCUCAAAUGGACACAGAUAUUUCCUGUGUGUUUUGUUCUUCUCACUUACUUCAUCCACAAACAUUACAGAGCAAAACUAGUUAAGCUGUCCACUUUGAAUUAUUUUUUUUUGUGAUGAUGCAGAAAAUAAUUUUCAUCCAGAGUUUGUCAAUAAAUACGAUAUGUGUUUUCUAAACUUUGAGGUUGCUGUUAAAGCAUGUGAAGCUGCAGAGGAUCGGUAAUAAAAUACAUGAAGACAACUCAGGCCGACUAUAGCAAUCUCUCAAUAACUCACCAUAAGUAAUCCCUAAAACAUCAAGAGGUUGGAGACUCACUCAGUAUUGUUAAAAUAAACUCCACAUAAAUUCCAAAUAUCAUUACUUUUUCUGUAGUGAAACGGUGUGUUUGAGCAAUGCUAUUUUCUAGAUGUGUCCUUAUCUUCUCGCCUUAUGACCACAAUUGUUGUAGUUCUUAAAAAAAUAAAAAAUAAAAAUAAAAAAGCAGAAAAACAAACAAGAUAUACUUUUUAAAUAUAUCAAAAAGUUAGCAAAAAAAUAAAAAUAAAAAAUAAAGAAAAAGAUCCCAAAAAAGAUUUAAAAAUCAAAUAACUUAGAAAAAACUAAGAAAAUCAUCUUGGGGCCCCUGCGUUGGGCCUUGUGACCAUGGUUGUAAGGAACAGACGGAGGCUGAUGGAUCCAUAUGCAGAGGUUUAUUGAGAGAACGGAAAGGGAAGGCCGCUGGGCAGACGACGGCUGAGGAGGCAACGGGAUUCCAGCGGAGAUUAGGAGCAUUUCUAUGUUGAGACAGAUAACAACAUUAGUCAUGCCUGGAUGAGACUUCACACUGAGUUUGGCUGAGUGUUUAUUAUAAAUAGAGACUGGGUGAGUGUAGAUGGAAUACAAAUUCAAAUUGAUUUUAUUUAUAGAGCACUUUUCAUAUAAACAAAUACAUUUCAAAGUGAUGUACAUAAAAACAAACAACACAACAAAAAUACCCUCUUGUUAAAAAUAAAAAUCAACCCCCUAAUAUCAUAUAUGUGAACAAGUGCACCAACAGACAAAUAAAACGAAUGAUAAAAUAUGAAUACAUAUGAACCCUCACGUUUCUAAAUGUCAGAUGAGAGAACCCUGAAGACGCCAUCAACACCAACCUCCUGUCAGCUGGUCGUCUACUUCCUGGGCCAAAGAGCGAGAGCCCCGCAUCGCACAGCCUCCCACCAGGCGAAGGAGCAGUGGGUACAUCAGGGCCAUGUCCCGUGGGCCAGGAAGCAGACGACCCAGCCAAAUGUGAGAAGACACUAGUUUAAAAGCAGAUACAGGUGUGUUGGCACUGAAUGAACCAGCUGGGAAACAUCCGGGUAUGAGAGCAAUGGCAGAUGGGAAACGUAGUAGAAGAACCAGGAAGCAGUCAGUAGGCAGGUGACAAGUUCCGCUGAUGACCAGAGGGGGAGACAGGGGACUGAUUCCUGACAGUGGUCUGGUUGGCCGGCGGAUUCAUUCCCAGAUCUGUUUUCCCUCGAAGGUGUCAUAGGGGCUCUGGCUGCUGCCUAGCUUUCAACAGGGAUCUUGCUGAAAGGCUGACCAGGCAGUGUGGCACUAUGAAUUUGCAUUCCAUCAGAAUGCAAAUUCAGAUGUCGGUAUUUCCUGUUUCCUGUUUCUUUUAAGUGUGUCUACAGAACACACUAAAGUUUGCAGCUUCUCCCUGUGGAACCGCACCAGAUGGUCAACACUCUGAAACACCAGAUCUCGCGUUCACACACAAAUAACAGCCUUUAAAGCUGCACAAAGUCCUCCUCUUUAUAUUUGUACUUUUGUUAUAAAAUCCAACCCCCCAAACGUAACGGAUCAUAUCUUAAAGUUGACUCAUGGCUACUGAACUUACAACCUUCUUCCGGUUGUCAUGACUCAACUUCAAGACGUCACCUGGAUCAAUGAGAGCCUUCCCGGUCGGUACCUGACCAUAUGGGUCAACUAACAGAAGAUGUGGCUCCCUUCCUGCCACUAU